UCUGAAAUGAAUUUAUAUGGGCGCUAUGCCAGAUGGAACACGUGCUCAUGCAAAAUGUAAGUUUAAUUGAUUUAAAUUUGAAUUCGAAAUGCAAACCGCCACGUUUCUGAAAUGUUAAUGUUAUACUACGAAAAGGUAGCAGCCCUUCGAUAUGGAGAAAGUUGAAACAAUUGAACUGUGGUUUAUAAACACAUGAACCGUGAUGUAAACAAAUCGCACUGUCAAACGAACAAAAUUUUGUUUGUUUACCACCCGUGUUUUACCAAGCAAAAAUCCCGCUCUGCCUUGAAAAUGGCUGAAUAUAACAAAGCGAAAAUAAGCAAACUGGUCCUAAAGGGUGAAAGUUCAAAAGGCACGAAGCGAAAGCACAAAAAGGACAAGAAGGAUAAGGAAGCUAAACGUGCCCUCGUUGUCGACACGGAUGCGGUCAAGCAUGGUGGGUGGUGGAUAGUGACAAAAACCAGCGAUAUUACCGGCUCGGUUGCACUGCAGUUUGACAAGCAAGCUUACGUGAAGGCACUGGAUAAUGGGCUCUUUACGUUGGGAGCACCCCACAACGAAGGUGACCCACCGGAUCCGGAAGAAAUAUUCAGUGCCGUGUUGAUCAACGAACAGAAGGUCGCAUUCAAGUCGGGUUACGGCAAGUACUUGAAGGCGGAAAAGGAUGGUAUGAUAACGGGUCGUUCUGAUGCCGUGUCGGCACUGGAACAGUUCGAGCCAGUGUUUGAUCAAGGCAAAAUGGCUCUGCUCGCUGCGAACGGAUGUUUUGUGUCGGUGGACCCGGAGGAUGAUGCACUCGUGGCUAUCAAGAAAAAGGUUGGCAGCGAUGAAGUGUGCAUGAUUCGCAGCUGUGCUGGCAGGGAAGACAUCUCUAACAAGGAGCUACCGGCCGAGGAAUCCGGCAAUCUUGACCAAGUAGAAUUAAAUUAUGUGAAAAAGUUUCAAAAAUUCCAAGACAAAAAGAUACGCGUCAGCAACGAGGACAAGGUGGCGUUGAAAAAGGCAAAGGACGAAGGAGCACUGCAUGAAGCGCUACUGGAUCGACGAAGCAAAAUGAAGGCCGAUCGAUACUGCAAAUAAAUCAGAGCACCAUUCUCCAUUCGUGUAAUAAAGUGUGCAU